ACUCAACACCGUUAUGGACAGCGAUCGUAUCUUGGUGAUGGACGCCGGAAACGUGGUGGAAUUAGAUCAUCCUCACAUGCUGCUGCAAAAAGACACGGGUUACCUGAAGAGCAUGGUGCAGGAGACCGGCAAGGCGAUGGCGGAGAUUCUGGCUUCCGUCGCUCAUAACUGCUAUCAGAAUCGUGGAAUUACGGCGUUUUGA